AUGGAGGCGUUGGCUCUUUUCUCUUUUUCUGCAUCAGAAGCAGAUGAAAUCAGUUUUCAGAAAGGGGACGUUAUCAAGGUGACAGAAAUGGAGGAUGAUUCUUGCUGGUUCACAGCAGAGAUCCAGGGGAAGCGAGGCUACGUGCCCGAAAACUACAUUUCCCUCCUUCCUCAUCCGUGGUUUGCGGGACGGGUGUCGAGACUCGAGGCUGAGCAGCGUCUCCGCUGGCAGGACGCUGGAGUGUUCCUGGUGAGGGAGAGUGAAUCGGCUCCAGGAGAGUUUUCUGUGUCCGUGAGUUAUGGUGACAGGGUGGAACAUUUCCGCGUCUUGGAGGGGGGUGGUCAGUACUGCAUCUGGGACGAGUCGUUUUGCUCCCUUAACCGUUUGGUGGAUUUCUACAGAACUCACAGCAUCGCUGUGGAGAAAGUGGUCUGCCUCAAAGACCCUCCUUUGUCCCCUUGCCUGCUGUCCCACCAUGGAUGUAAUCCCUAUCCUAACCCUUAUAAAAGCAGCUCUCAGGAGUCCCUCCCCUCACCCCACCUCUACUCUCACCCCUCUCAUCUGGAGAGAGAAACCUCCCCACAUCUACUGGAACCAGUUUUGAGGAAACCUCGUCUGGCUCAUGCCCUCUGUGACUAUACCCCCCCUCAAACCUCCCACCUCCACUUCCUGCGUGGUGAUAUCAUUGACUUGCUGGACUGCUCGGGUCCGCUGACCUGGAGAGGGCGCUGUCGAGGCAGAGUGGGCAUCUUUCCACCAGAAUACGUCCAACUGCUGUACCACUGA